AUGGUCAAAGGGCACCUUGCAAAUGAGUCCUCUAAAAUCCAGACUUUGACUGAGGAGGAGAGAGCUCACCUUCUCCCGCUGUUGCAAAGCGCCCAAUGGGUGGAAGUGGUGGGACGGGACGCCAUCUACAAAGAGUUUCUUUUCAAAGAUUUUAACCAGGCCUUUGGUUUCAUGUCACGAGUUGCACUACAAGCAGAGAAGAUGGAUCAUCACCCUGAGUGGUUUAAUGUUUACAAUAAGGUGCAGAUCACCCUAAGCACGCAUGACUGUGGGGGGCUCUCCCAGCGUGACAUCACUUUGGCCACCUUCAUUGAUCAAGCCUCUCUAAUGUGA